AUGCUAGUUAAGAAAAGCGAUUCCAAGAAGUUUCCAAUGAGAACCGCCGGAGAUGUUGUGAAACGUGUUUUAUGGGAUGAAAAGAUUCCUCAGAAAUUUAUAACAAUUGGAUAUUUGGAUAGGUUUAAAGGGAUUCUAGAAAAGCCUUUCGAUGAUUUUUCAUGGGAACCACUAGAUAGUUUAGAUUAUUUCACUUUUGGUGUACCUGAACACCGAAUUCAGUACUUUAAAUACAAGGAUAUAGUUGUAUGGGAUAAACGUUUCAGAAUAGAUAGAGUUUUCGGUAGUAGUCGUUCAACUAAGACAAUACGAGAUGUAAUAGAAAACUAUGAAAAGUAUUGUAAGACUUUUCGAGACAUUCCUGAUGUUCCGCUCAGCAAUGUAGUUGAUAAUGAUUUUUUGGACUGGAAUACAAAUGUUGCAGAAGAUACCUGCUCAUCGGAAAGUCAAACAGAAGUGUUAAACGAGACGAUCAAGCAAAUAAUAAAAAAUAAACCGAAUUUCUUCAUUUGUCAGCGAAUCGAAUCUCCAGAUUUCAUAGAAAAAGCGUUAAAGAUUCAGUCAAAAAUCUGUAACACUCAACCGUACUAUAAUGGUUGUUGUAUUGAGUCAAAACUAUUUCAUCUUACACUAUCAACAUUACGACUGGAAGGUAGUUUGCAAAUAUCUGAGUGCAUGGAAGCCCUCAAACAGGCUGAAACAAAGCUUUGCAGAUCUGUCCCAACAAACCAAUUAACAAUAAAAGGUGUGGGUAACUUCCAUGGUCGAGUUUUAUAUGCAGUAGUUGAGUCUAAUGAAGAUUUGAAUUUCUUUGUCGAUCAGCUAAAUCAGACUCUACAUGUGGCCGGAUUCCACACAGAUGAUCAGAGAAAGUUCAAACCUCAUAUCUCUCUGAUGAAGAUGAAUCGUUCAGUAUCAAAAAAAGUGGGUACGAAGAAAAUCGACCCCAAUCUGUAUGGUGAAUUUCUAGAUACCGAGUUUGGAGUAUUCAUCCUAGAUUCAAUUCACUUGUGUGCAAUAGGAAGACACCGUGAUGAUGAUGGUUUCUAUCAUACUAUCGGAAAUUUACAUCUUGUAAACCCGAUCUCUAAAUAA